UCCGUGUGCUCAUGAGGACAGAGCAGGUGCACAAAAUUGCCUGCAAUCACUACAUCACAGAGUUCACAAAGUUGUCUCCAAUGUCGACUUCAUCCACCUCACUUACAUGGCUCGCAUUGGAUUUCUCUGAAGGAGAGACUUCUCCAGAAACCUUUGCCGUCCGCUUCAAGAAUGCAGAAGUUAUGGACAAGUUUGCCAAAGUGUUUGAAGAGUGCAGGCUGGCUGUUGGGGAGAGGGGAAGCCAACCAGCUGGCUCUGAAAGGAACGGUGACCUGGAGCGAGAGCAAGUUGAAGACAUGAUAAGGAAGAAGGAAGAGGAUGUAGUUGAAGACGAUGAGGAUGAUGACGAAGAUGAUGAGCAUGGGGAAGAUAUUAUGUUUGAAAGGAGGGUCACACUGUCUGUACAGAGACCAGGUACAAGCGCCUAUGAGUCCCUUGGGAUGGGCAACCUGAGGAUGGUGUAUGAUAAUUCGUGCUUUGGUGCACGUAUCCGGGUCAUCGCUGAUGAUGGGUCACUGCUGUGCGACACCAUUGUGGCAGUGCAGACGUGUCUGCGCACAGAGCGCCUCCAUGCCUACUGGUCCGCUGUGGAUAUGUCGAUUGACCCCAUUCUUCGACGCCACUUCCAGGCCGCCUUCAGCUCGCCUCAGGCUAUUGCAGAAUUCAGCCGAAUCUUUGCUGAGGCCAAGGACCUGGCUGUGAACAGCUCAAUUGUCGAAUCCAUUGAUGAGCCACCCAGUCCUCCAAAAUGAGUGAGGAUUACAAAAACCAAUGCUGCUAUUCUUUUUUAAUUCUAAUUUAUGUUUCUGACAGACCUCUUGGUUAGGCAUUUUAAUGGUGGUGUAAUAUGUAAGCUGGGACAUUUUGAUAGCAGUGAAUGCACAGUCCACACGGCAGCAACAACCAGCACUUUAGGGCAAUUAUUUCAAACAAAUUGUUUCACGUCCAACUUUUAAAGAUGUAAGUGUAAAUAAAGGACAUGUGAGCAGGCUCAUUGUAC